AUGGGAGAAUCCUAUCGGGCCUCCAAUGGCAGGAUGCGCCUGAGACGGUCCGACAUCAGCAACAUCGAGCGAGCGAGGAGCAGGACCCUUAGGAUGACCAUCACCAUCGUGGCGGUCUACAUCUGGUGCUGCACCCCCUACGUAAUCAUCACGCUAUGGUACAUGUUCGAUAGAGAAGGAGCUACUAGACUACCAAAAUGGCUGCAGGAUACUUUCUUCAUGAUGGUGGUGUCCAACAGCUGUAUGAACCCCAUAGUCUACGGAAGUUACGUCAUCAGUUGCAGACACAAUUACUGUUGCUGCUUCAGCUGUUUUAAAAGAGGGUCAAUAGAUACACAUCUAACCGAUGGUGAUAUACAAUUGGCGGCUGGGCAAAGAAAGGAGAUAGCUAGAAGAGUGAUAAAGUGCGUUCUUGGUCUAAAAAAAGUGGGUUCCGGCGCAACGAGAAGCACUGCAAUGGGGAAUGCAAUAACCCGCUCCCCCAUCGAAAAGUCACCGCCACAAAAGACAGGGGCGGUAAUAAAGAGAGGAGACAUUGCCAGGAAGCGCCCGCCCAGCGUGGGCCACACCACAUUCUUCAGCGAGCACUCCUCCAGCUGCUCAGGAAGGGUGUCCUUCCACAGCGAGCCGGUGACCACCCCCUACUCUUUCCUGGAGCAGCAAACUCUGGGGAUUCUAGCCAGUUCCGAGCCUAACAUGUCGCCCAAGGGCAAUGUCAAGAUCAGCAUCAACGAUUCCGAAGUGUACUAUAACCGUGCUUACAGUGAACGGUCUCGGACUAGGAACAUCUAG